UCGUUUUUGCAUCUUCCAUAAGUGACGACAAGUUUCCAAAGCGGACAAAGACAACCCUUCGAGUUGCUACUGAGUUGGCUGACCCUGAGGGUAUGGUGAACUUACUGCUUGAAGCUGGGUUGAAGAUCGACGCACGGGCGAAAGCGGAUGAUGUGGGCUUUCAUCAAAUCGACGCAAAGUGGCAAUCCAAAGGCUGGAGCGAGCUGCACGUGGCAAUAGCAUUUGAUCGGACGGACGAAGUUUUGGAUUCAUUGGAUAGUUUUGGGCCAUUGGAUUUGAGAGAUAAAGAAGGAAGGACACCGUUGCCUUUGGCGGCAGGUAGAGGGAAUAUCAAGUGCGCUAGGGUGUUGGUGGAAUCCGGUGCAGAUAAGGAUGCUAAGAGCAAAGAUGGCAGGACUGCACUGUAUAGAGCAGCGGCAAAUGGUGACCAUAAGAUGGUAGAGAUGCUAAUUGAGAUGGGUUCUGACCCCACAAUCGCAGAUAAUCAUGGCCGUUCAGCUUUUGAUGUUGCUCGGGACAAGGGACAUAUUCUGGAGACUCUGGAACGUGGAGAAGUAGUGCUAAUGGCGGCCAGGCGAGGGAACUUGGAACACCUUGAAUCAUUACUAAAGAAAGGUGCAAACGAAAACUAUAAAGAUCAAUAUGGCUUCACAGCCUUGCGUGCAGCAGCUAUCAAAGGGCACAAAGAUAUAGUAUCAAUGCUAGUUAAGUUAAUAGAUUGUUAACUGUUAAAUUAAAUAUUUUUAAUUGAAAUUUAUAUAUUUCUCUAUA